AUGAAGCUUCUCGCAUUGGCUCUUGCAGCCAGCAGCACGGCAGUUGCCGCCCAGCAGGACUUCAACAUCUUCCAGCACAUUGGCGGCAAUGCGCAAUGGUAUCCGGGCGAGGAGACAACCGGCAUCUCAUCCGAGGUGCCUGAGGGAUGCAAAGUUGAUUUGGCAGCUUUCUUCUCUCGCCAUGGUUCGCGCUACCCGGACAGGGGGGCCUACAACGGAUGGGUAGAAUUCUCAAAGUACAUCCAGGCCGCCGGUAACUUCACCGUCACCAACCCCAAGCUUGCUUUCCUCAAGACUUGGAAGCCUGUCUUGUCCAACCCCGAGGCUCAAAUUGCCAAUCUGAGCCCAACUGGCUGGAAGGAGCUCCACGAGAUGGGCACCACCUGGCGCCUUCGUUACCCCGACUUGUACGAGUACAACACUCCCUUUACCAUGUGGUCCAACUACUACACCUCCGGGCCCCGUGUACGAGACAGCGCUCGUCUUUUCGCACAAGGCUUUGUUGGUCCCAAUGCCACCGACCUCACCACCAUUUAUGCUCUUAAUGCAAGCAAUCCUGCUAGCUGGGGAAACUCUCUCGCCCCUAGCGACCUUUGCAAGGCCUACGACGACGAAGGCGGUAGCCCUGUCAAGCCAGUAUGGGACUCGAUCUACCUAACACCAAUUGCCGCAAGGCUCAAUUCCCAGAUCCAAGGAGGCUUGAACUUGACCAACGGCCAAGUCGAUCAAAUCCCAUAUCUGUGCGGGUUCGAGACACAGAUAACUGGCCGGCGUAGCCCAUUCUGCGACAUUCUGACCGAGGAAGAGAUUCUGCAGUACGAGUAUGCUCAGGACCUGCGCUACUGGUACGGCACGGGUCUCGGCUCAGAUAUCGAGAAAUACCAGAUGCUACCAGUCAUCGAUAUGGCUGUACAGCGGUUUGUCGAUGGUCCGAAUGCAACCUACAAGACUGUCAACGGGACCUUCGCUGCACCUAACAUCAUGGCCAACUUCGCAAACGAUGGACAAAUCAACCAGCUUGCUGCCAUGAUUGGUGUGUUUGACAGCCAGCCUCCACUUCCCGGUAACGUGUCGCUCUCUGAUCGCCUGUUUCGAUCCUCUCAAGUAGUCAAGAUGCGUGGAACAGUUGCUUUUGAACGCUUGUCAUGCCCAGCCGCUGCUCCCAACAGUACCUACGUCUACCACCAUAGGCGUAACGGCACAGCUCUGAACGAUGUGUACAUACGCAUCCGCAUCAACGAUGUUGUUUACCCUGUCACAGGAUGUAUUAGUGGGCCAGGUUCUUCCUGUCCCUUGUCCCAAUACCAGCAAAUCAUCCAGAGAAAGCGAGCUGAGGCUGGCGAUUUUACCAAGAUUUGCAACAUGACUGAUGCCAAUCUUGCUUCUCAGCCAAAGGCGACUUUCUUUUUCGACAACACACUACCUUGGCAGGUAGUUGUCAAGGCCUGA